UUGUAAGUACCAAAGGCCAACGAAUCGGGGGCCAGCGCACAGACCACAUGUACGUCGGCCAGAUUGGCCGCAGCUCUGAGUCUCACCUUUCGGCCAUUUUCGCCGUACGGAAUGACAGGGAAUUCAUCUUCCACUUUUGUUGACCAUUUUGCUCCGAGCUGCAAAGCAAAUUACUCUUAUCUUUGGCCUUGCAUAUGUCCCCAUGUCGGAUCACUUUAUGGAUCCUGAAAGCGAGUUGUCCCCUACAAUUUCGUCGCCAAGGCCCAUGCGGCUCUGCGGCUUCUGUCACAAACCGUUCUUGAAAGAAACACCGUACAAUCGACAUGUAUCAUACUGUCGUCGUGCUCAACAUCGUCCUCGAACUCGUGUCGUGUCAUGUCGAGCUUGCAGGAUGGCUAAAGUCAAGUGCAACUCCCAGCCUCAAUGUUUGAGAUGUACCAAUAAAGGUCUUGAGUGUGUUUACGACUCAUCCAUAGCUACCGCCCCUGCUGCAUCCAAAAGUCAGGCUGCGAUUCAGCAACCGGCAGAGCAUGCGGCACCGGUCUUCUCUCCAACUCCAUUGACUGAUGGCGGCAUCAAUGGUAUGUUCAAUGGUUUGUGCGCGCCUGGGGAGCCCACAAACAACAACGAUGCGCAAGUGGACAUGGACUGGGAUGCACUGGAUUUGAUCGCACCUGGUAUCCUCCCGCCAAGUCCCAAGAGCAAACUCUCUUGGACUGCUUGGGCCCCUAGAGACGACUAUGUCUCUGCCUUCUCCGCGCCUGCGCACCUGUUCGAGCGGUCAUACUCUGACUUCCUGGCUCCCCUCGUUAUGCCAGACCUCAUUUCAAGUUUUACCUCCAACAUUGUCAUGCAGAUGCUUCGCGCUUUUCCACAAAUGAUGCUCCGCAGAGAGACUCUCCCUUCUUUCAUACACGGACAUUGGUUCCGGCUCCAAAGCGAUACAGAGCCUGCCCUCCCUAAGCCUCUAGUCAACUGUAUGGGUAUAGCACAGAUGUUCGCUUCCCACAAUCCUGACACCAGGCCAUUCCUAUGGCGCACAAUUUUAUUAGAGCAACGUUCUUCGGCUGAAAAGACAAAUCAGCGGCAGUUCUCAAAGGAAGACCUUCUGGCGGCUAUACAAGCUCAGGUUAUAUAUAUCAUAAUGCGGAUCAUCGACAAUUCAAAGAUUGAACCGGACAUGAACCUGGAGUUGCUGGUCACGUAUUCGGAUCUAUGCGAUAAGUUCAAGAUUCUGUGUAAUGAGCCAUUUUACCAAGGCGAGAGACUUUAUCCGUGUUUUAGUUGGGAAGACUGGGUCUUUGCCGAGUCCAGAAGAAGGACAGUCAUAGUGUGGCUGCUUAUCACACAGAUGGUACAAAUCAAAAUUGGGGUACCCUGUGAUAAUUGGGAUAAUUUUCGAGAGAUUCCCCUCCCUUCGCCUAAAGCACUUUGGGAGGCAAGCACACGUUCAGAGUGGCAGUUGGAAUAUGAUGUAUACAAGUCCAUGCCGCGCAUGGGUUUGGACCUUUUUGGGGACCUUAUAGAUGCUUCCAAGCAGAGCCAAGUAAGUUCGAAUAAGCUCAAGUUGGACGCUUGGAAUGCCACAAUCGAUCAGCUCGGAGUUUUGCUUAAUUUAGGCGCAGCCCUAGUCUCGGGGUGAAUUCAAAUU